UUGGGUCUAUGCGCGCGCAUGGUUGCUUGCGUGCGUGUGUGUGUAGAGAAAAAAAGAGGGAGAGGGGGGAGUCACGUCGCUGACAUUUCCCAGCUCCCGCUCUGAUUGGCUCUUAUUUGAGGAAGCUCACGGGUUCUUUCAACUAAUAAGCGCCUCCCCAUCGCUCUAAAGGACAUUAUAAUGCAAGGGACCUCCUUUUUUAACCACAAACCGAAUUUUCGUUCAUUUAGACCAUAUAUACUUUUUAAAUUGCCCAAAGUUGUGGGAUUUUUUUGGACCGCGUUUCACCCUGGAGCGGUACGCGAUGCUCUCUCACGCCGACCUCCUGGAUGCUCGGCUCGGUGAGUUAUCAUCACUAAACUCCGGCCCUAAACUCCAGUGGAUGAAGGAUGCUGCAGAGUUACUCGGACACCGAGAAGCUCUCAAGUGCCGGCUGGGUGGUGGGGUGCCAGACCAGGGGCAUCCAGGAGACAUGGCCCCUGGUUCAGACUCUGUGGAGGGGACUACUCUCCUGCCGGGUGAAGACAUCGCCACAGUGGGAUCCAACUCAGCUGGAAUGCCGGUGAACGGAAAGGAGCAGGAGAAGCAGCAGCAGCAGCAGCAGCAGCCGCAGCAGAGCUCCAGCCAGUCCGCCAGCCAGCAGAAACAGAAGCGGCACAGGACGCGCUUCACCCCGGCGCAGCUCAACGAGCUGGAGCGCAGCUUCGCCAAAACCCACUACCCGGACAUCUUCAUGAGGGAGGAGCUGGCGCUGAGGAUCGGCCUCACCGAGUCCAGAGUUCAGGUUUGGUUUCAGAACAGACGCGCUAAGUGGAAGAAAAGGAAGAAGACCACCAAUGUGUUCCGCUCCCCGGGGACGCUGCUCCCCACACCGGGCCUGCCACAGUUCUCUGCCGCGGCCGCCAUGGAGAACAGCCUGUGCUCCUUCCACGCCAACGACUCUCGCUGGGCCACGGGGAUGCCGGGGGUCUCCCAGCUGCAGCUCCCGUCGGCUCUGGGCCGCCAGCCGGGCAUGCCCCAGUCCCUGUCACAGUGCAGCCUGGGCCCAGGCCCGCCACCAAACUCCAUGGGUCUCUCCAACGGCCUUUCCUCCAACGGCUCCGGUCUGCAGUCCCACCUCUACCAGUCGCAUUUCCCCGGAAUGUCGGCCUCUCUCUCCGGCCCCACGAACGUAUCGGGCUCCCCGCAGCUGUGUAGUUCCCCGGACAGUGACAUGUGGAGAGGGACAAGCAUCGCGUCACUGCGGCGCAAAGCGCUGGAGCACACAGUGUCCAUGAGUUUCACUUAGUGACUUUUUGAAAAAACACUCCACCGCACCCCUCUCCCCCUCACUCCCUCUCCCCAGCCCCACCCUGCGGCUCUUUUUCUGUUUUUAUUCCCGCUAUUAGAUCAAAAUGAGAGAGUGAGAGAGCGAGCGAGCUAAUCAGGCCUGAAAUGUGAGAAAAUGGAGACUAUAUGUGACUUCAUCUAGACAUAAUGACAAAAAGAAAAAGGACAACACUGAUGAACACACGGAAGAAAAUAUCUUGGGUUUGGGGUUAUUUAUCUUGUUAAUUCAAAAAGGAUUUUAUCAACUAUUGAUGAUAAAUACUAUUGUAAUGAUCUCUAGAAUAUAGGCCCUAAUUAUUGAGAGCCAAACAAUCGUCGUAUUUACGUUUUCAUUGAGUGUGUCUUUACGCACACAUGUUAUUGUGUUCAGGUGAAGUUGUGUUAUGUCAAACGGUUAUUUAUAAGAUUGGGUAUACAUUUUGUUAACAGCCUACCACACACGCGCCAUACUGUAGGUGGGCCUAUUGAAGUGGAUCUCGGGCAUGCACCGUGCAUGUGGAUUUAAACGCUUGGAUAAUUUAAGGAGAAAAUGGUGCCCAGUCAGAUUGAAGAGGUACUUUUUGUUAGGCGACCUCAGUCUCGUCUGCAUGAGACGGGAGCAUAAAAAAACAAUGAUCUUUCAGUAGGCCUACGCUGUUUUUAGGAUGUUUUGUGUAGAUAAAACAUUCUUGCUAUGUACCCGCUGGUCUUUUUUGUGACAUGUUUUAACUUAUUGUAUGUGCUAUUACUUGACACAUUUCUUAAAUGUUUGAUCUUACAUCGAAAUGCACCACAUUGACGGGUUUGUACCAAUUUAAAAUGAACAAACAAAUAAAAGUAAUUUUCAAGAAUGUGAAAACAAGAAUGAUUCAUGUCUCCAUUGAGUUUAAUCAGAUAUUUAAUAUCCAUUUGUAAAAAAAAAAAAUCCUAUAUGAGUAUCUAUAUAUUUACCCUCAGGACUGACUGUGGUAGGUUGUUGAUGAUACUUAUUAAUAGGCCUACUUGUAGGGGUAUAUUGUAGUUAUAUGGAUUCUAUCCAUUAAAAAUGGUCAUUAUUACAUUUUUUCUUACGUGUUUCCUAAAACCUUCUCAGAUGUGAUUUUGUUGCACAGACUUGUAUUGUUAGUGGUGUUUGCUCAGUGGCCAGUGUUUGAG